AUGUUAAACGUAGAAGUCGACAGCUCCAAAGCCAUCGACUUCAAAAUAGACGAAGACACAACCCUUAUUCAUGGUAAAGCCACGAAGAUUUCCAAAAUGAUUGUGGAUGGAAAGAUGACGAUAAACCUAGAGGCGGCUAGCUCCAAAAGCAUCAACCUUAGGAUCAAUGUGGCCAGCUUCGACACCAUAGAAAACGUCAAGGCUAAGAUCCAGGAUAAAGAGGGCAUCCCGCCGGACCAGCAGAGACUGACAUAUGAGAGCAGAACGCUCCACGAUGGCUUCACCGUAGCAGACUAUAACAUCGAGAAGGAAUGA